ACCAUUAGAACAAAUAUUUUUUUUUUAUCAUUUUGCAUAUGAUACGAACUUGAUAUUAAAAAACAUGUUUAUUUGAAUACGCAUGUCUGUGAUGGUACUUGUAAAGUUUCAUAAUGUUAUUUAUUUGGUUUAUUUUAUUCUCCUACAUAGCAACAUGCAAAUCAUUAUAUAGUUUAGAACCAAACCAAUCUAUCCAUGAUGGUGAGACUUUAGUUUCAUCAGAUGGAACAUUCGAGGUUGGUUUCUUCAGUCCAAAAGAUUCAACAAAUCGAUAUUUGGGUGUAUGGUUCAGAAACGUUUCUCCUUUAACAAUUCUAUGGGUCGCAAACAGAGAAACACCACUUCAGAAAAAUUCAGGUGGAAUCUUAAAAUUCGAUUCAAAGGGUGUUCUUAUGCUUCUUAAUGGAACAACAAACACAACUUUUUGGUCCUCAAAUGUUACAACCAAAGAAGUGAAAAACCCAAUUGCACGUGUCUUGGACUCUGGUAAUCUUGUAGUGAAAAAUGGAAACUUUUCUAAAGAGAAACAAUUUUUGUGGCAGAGUUUUGAUUACCCAUGUGACUCGUUAUCAUUAAAUGCAAUGAAACUUGGAUGGGAUUUAGUAACUGGUCAUGAAAUAUUUUUAUCAUCUUGGAAAAGUAAAGUUGAUCCAUCUAAAGGUGAGUUUUCUCUAAGAAUUUAUCCAAAAGGGUAUCCACAACUUUUCAAAUUCAAAGGUUUUGAAAGAAAAUUUAGAAUUGGGUCAUGGAAUGGUGUUGGUUUUAGUGGAUAUCCAAAACAUAUACUCAAUCAACAACAUAGAUUUCGGCUUGUUUUCGAUGAAAAACAAGUUUACAUUGAAACUGAAAUCACCGAUAAAUCCAUAAUUUCCAUUUACAAACUUACCCCUUUAGGCCAUGGACAAGUUUCUGUUUUUACAAGAAAAACAAGAAAUUGGAAUGUCAUUUCAACUGGUGAAGAAGAUGAGUGUGAAAAUUAUGCUAUGUGUGGUGCUUAUUCUAUUUGCAAUAUGGAUGGAAAUGUUCCUAUUUGUAAAUGCUUAAAAGGGUAUGUUCCUAAGUUUCCUCGUCAAUGGAAUAUAUCAUAUUGGUCUAAUGGUUGUGUUCCAAAGAAUAAAUCUAAUUGUGAAAAUAGUUACAAAGAUGGCUUUUUGAAGUACAGUGACAUUAAAUUGCCAGACACGUCUUUGUCGUGGUUUAGUAAGAUCAUGAACCUUGAGGAAUGUAAGCAUUCAUGUUUGAAAAAUUGUUCUUGUACGGCCUACGCGAAUUUGGAUAUCCGGAAUGGAGGAAGUGGUUGUCUGCUCUGGUUUGAUGAACUGGUUGACAUAAGGAAGUUCUCCCAAAUGGGACAAGACCUUUAUGUUAGAGUCCCAGCAUCUCAACUAGAUGAUUUGCUUAUUAAUGGCAAUGGCAACAAGAAAAAAUUGGUAGGAAUCACAGUUGGGGUGAUUAGUUUUGGGUUUGUUACAUUCAUAUGCAUAAUGAUAUAUAUAAAGCGAGGAAGAAUAUUUUAUAAGAAGCAUUAUGAAAAUAUAUUGAGGAGGGAAGACACAGAUGUACCAACAUUUGAUUUGCAAAUCAUAGCUAAAGCCACUGAAAACUUUUCAAGCAGCAACAAAUUAGGUGAAGGUGGAUUUGGACCAGUAUACAAGGGUAUAUUAGCAUGUGGACAAGAAUUAGCAAUAAAAAAACUUUCAAAUAAGACUGGACAAGGUUUAGAGGAGUUUAAAAAUGAAAUGGUGAUAAUUGCCAAACUUCAACACCGUAACCUUGUCAAGCUCAUUGGUUAUUGCAUUCAAGGAGAAGAUGUAAUGUUGAUCUAUGAAUACUUGCCUAACAAAAGCUUGGACAAUUUUAUUUUUGAUGAAAAUAAAAGGAAGAUGCUAGACUGGUUCAAGCGUUUCAACAUCAUUUGUGGCAUUGCUCGAGGACUGCUUUAUCUUCAUCGAGACUCUAGAUUAAGAAUUAUUCAUAGAGAUUUAAAACCUAGUAAUAUUUUACUAGACGAAAAUUUGGAUCCAAAAAUAUCCGACUUUGGUUUAGCACGGACAUUGUUAGGAGAUCAAGUUGAGGCUAAUACAACCAGGGUGGCUGGAACCUAUGGAUACAUGCCUCCGGAGUAUGUUGUGCGUGGACGUUUCUCAAUGAAAUCAGAUGUCUUUAGUUACGGAGUGAUAGUUCUUGAAAUAAUCAGCGGAAAAAAGAACAGAGAAUUUUCACAUGCAGAACACUCCCACAAUCUUCUCGGACAUGCAUGGAGACUAUGGGCAGAAGGGAGUGAGCUAGAAUUAUUGGAUGAAAUGUUAUGGGAUAAAUGCAUACCUUCUGAAGUCAUCUGAUGCAUACAAGUGGGUUUAUUAUGUGUGCAACAAAGACCAGAAGAUAGACCGGACAUGUCAUCAGUACUUUCAAUGUUGGAUGGUGGGAAAUUAUUGCCUAAGCCAAAGGUUCCUGGCUUUUACAUUGAAAAAGAUCUUACUUGUGAGGAUGCUUUGUUGGAAAAAUAUGCAUUGUUCUUGCCAAAUGAAACGUCUAUUACAACAUUAGAGGCAAGAUGAACUACUAAGUAAAAGACAAGUGUUCUUCUAACAUAGGAAAAAUGAGUAAAGAUUCACUUUAUUCCUGUUCGACUUUACACACAUGCAAUAGUGUCCCCCAACUUUGUAAAGUGUGUAUUCAGUAAUUCUAUUCAAUUAUUAUAUUUUGGGUCAACUACUAUUUGUAAGACAGUUUUGAAGCAAAAAUCAUAUGUCCAUUUAUAUAUAAA